CGCGGGCGGCGCAAAUGGUCCCGGAGUGGAGAAACGUGGCCGGGUGGCAGUAGAUAGAUAAAUUCUGUGCGUCGUCCUCAGUCAAUAACGAGUUCUCAGUUAGUACUGGUCACAAUCGCGGCUACAUCGGAAGCUUACAACUCGAGAGGCUCACGGAUGUCGGAAUAUAUCGGGCGAGAAUUUCCUCGCGGCAUACACACAAAGAAAAAUACUCCCAACUAUUUAUUAAAAGAAGAUCAAUCGUGCGGCGAAAAGAGAGAGACUUGACAUAUUUAUAAAAAUCUCAAACUUAAUACGAUAAAGAGAGAUGAUCGCUCGGACUGAAUAUUAAACGGACAUUCGACGCGUACUUUCUCAGAUCUGAAAAUAAAACGGAUCGGAAAACGGAAACUAUUUCUUAGAAUUUUCCGGAGCAAUCUGGUGAAUAUCUCAAAGACUUCGUUUGAAACAAUAAAAUCGCUGAUCGUAAAUUAGAUACGUUUGUCAUAUAAUCGAAGACGCAAUCUCAAACGCGGAUCAUAAUUUUCCGCAAGAAACAUUAUCGAUAAUAAUACGAACAGAUAAUUCUGCAGAAUAAACAAUUUCGUGCAAAUCAGUAUUUGUUAUAUGCACUAUCGGUAUUUUUUAUACAACAUUAUUAUAUCUGGACAAAGAAGACUGAGAGUGAAGGAGACGCGAUCUCGUAUCUAAAACUCGCCGCAUGUCUGGACGGGACGACAGUUAAUUUAUUUCAAGCCAUUCAACGCUUUCGCAUCUUUGCAACAGUCGAAUUUCAAAUCAUUUCACGCUUUCGUAUCUUUUAAAUAUUCAGCUAUGCAAGUGGUCGAUGAAUGAUGAUGAAGAUUUAAAGUACUUUGCGAUACGAUAUCGAGCGUAUUAUCAAGUAUAUAAAUACAGAAUCGACUAUUGUAAAGAUAUAUAAACGAUUGAACCGCGGAAGAAAGAGAAUGAGAAGAGGUGACGCUGAUAAAGAAGACAAAAAGGAUUAACACUCUUUUCUAAAAUUGCAAAUUAGGUUCUUUUGCAAAAAAAGUCACCACAUAGGUUACUAUUAUUGUAUUAUUAUUUGAUUGACACGGUUAAUUAUCGGAAAAUAAAAUAUUAAAAAGAAAAAGACACCAUGACGAACACGUCGGACGUUAAUACCGCGAACGGACGAACAGACGUCAAUAAUGCGAAUGAACGAAUGGACGUUAAUAAUACAAAUAAACAAAUAGAUACUAACAAUAUAAAUGAACAAAAAGAUAAUACUGUGAACGAGCACGUUAAUGGUGAGAGUAGACAAACCGAUGUUAACAAUAUGAGUGAGCGCGCAUCGGCGUGCGUAGAGAUCAAGGUAGAACCCAGCGUCACCGAUGAAAAAAAGUGGGAACGAGCCGGAACAACCUAUCAGGUGUUGAUGGCCUUGUGCGCCAAUGUUGUCGUACUGGGUCCAGCAAUGGGUUUCGGUUACAGCGCCGUAGCAGAACCCGCGAUGAGAGAGCCGAAAACCGAUGAUGACAUACGACUCGAUGCUAAUCAAGCUAAUUGGAUGGCUACUGUAUCGGCGCUGGGUACACCUAUCGGCUGUCUACUCUCGAGCCUCGUGAUGGGGCGAGGAAGAAAGAUCAGCAUGUUCGUGACGUCGUUGAUCUCAAUGGCGGGUUGGGUGACUAUUUACACGUCGAAUAGUUACAUGCAGAUCUUGAUCGGGAGAUCGAUUUCUGGAAUAUCCACGGGUAUGGCAUCGGUUCCAACGACAGUGUAUGUAGCGGAAAUAGCGGGACCGAAAUGGCGAGGCACGAUGGUUACAUGGACCAGUAUUUCUAUCGCUCUCGGUGUCCUCAUUGUCUAUAUCUUCGGAUCUAUUGUUAAGGAUGACUGGCGACUGGUGGCCUUACUGUGCGCUCUAUUCCCGCUGUGCGCGAUCGCCCUCACUUUGCUGGUGGUACCCGAGACUCCUCUGUGGCUGCGGGAUCAAAAUCGGCCUGAGGAAGCGCUGGAGAUCAUGAAAAAAUUCCGCGGAAUACCAAAGGACCAACCAGCACCGGCGGAAGUUCUGUUAGAGUUGAAACCACGGGUGCAGAAGAAGAAUCAGAACAUGCUGAAGCAUUUGCUGAAAAGGGGCUCCCUGGUGCCGUUCGCCAUAAUGCUCAGCUUCUUCUUUUUCCAACAGUUCUCCGGGAUCUUCGUGGUUAUAUACAACGCCGUCAUAAUCAUGGAUAAGUCGGGUGUUAAAGUAGAUCCUUAUCUCGGAGCGGUAUUGAUAGGCGUUGCUCGUUUUAUAGCCAGUCUUUUGACGGCCGGGGUGUCCCGGAAAUUCGGUCGACGUAUACCGUCGAUGAUUUCCGGCGUUGGGAUGACAAUCUUUAUGGGCGGCCUGUCACUCUAUCUGUUUCUAGACGCGAAGGGAACCGUCAUGGCAGACAACGGGGUGGUUCCAGUAAUUUGCAUGGUGAUGUAUAUAUUCACAAGCACCUUGGGAUACCUGGUAAUCCCGUUCGCUAUGGUAGGCGAGGUGUAUCCGCCAAAAGUUAAAGAUAUAUUGUCCGGUUCGACGGUUGCCAUAGGUUAUCUCUUCAGUGCGGUAACCAUCAAGACGUAUCCGGAUAUGGAGUCGCUGAUGGGCAUGCACGGCGUGUUUCUCUUCUUCGCGAUCGUGUCUUUAGUCGGCACAAUAUUCAUUCUAUUAUUCUUGCCCGAAACAAAGGGAAAGACCCUGCGUGAAAUCGAGGACAUGUUCGCGACGAAAAAGAAGUCCAUCGAAUUGCAGUCUCCGACGGAAGGAAUAAUAGUCGGAGAAAUAGUCGCUCCGACCUCCGCUGGUCUUUUAAGAAAUUAAGAAUAUUUAUUGCUUAUGCGGGCAAAUAACCGUCAAGAAUAGAUAAUACUAAUUGCAUAGAGGAAGACGAGGUCAAAGCGUACGAUUGUACGAUUAUUAAUUACACGGCCGAUGGAAGAAAUGAAACGGAUGCAAAAGUCUUUCUGUGAUGCUUCAAGGUAUCUCUUAAAAGAUAUUUAAGGGGUAUAACGAAGUAAUAAGAUAUCUCUUAAAAUUAUUUUAAAUACGUCAUACGUAAAGAUCUUUUUAUCAUAUCAUAUAUUUUGUAAACGAUUGAAGAAGAUAAAAGUAAAGAUAUUUGUUUAGGGCUCACGAAGAGAAGUAAAACGUAACACAAUGGAACUGUGUUGUUAUCUCGAUAAAAGUUUUGCCAUCAAAACGAAAACAAUGCCAUAUAUCAAUACUUAUUUCUACACGUGCAAAAUGUGUUCGCAAAUUACAUUAAAAUAAGAUUAGGUUUGUACUAGUUUGAGACAAGAGAUAUGCAAUCUCGAAGAUGAUAUUUUGAUAAGACAAUACACAUUACGUAUUAUUUAAUUAGAACUCAGUACUUAUUGUUCAAUAGUUGGAGCAUAGCCGGAGAUCUUCAAAAUACAGUCCAAAUUUAUCAUCAUUUUAAAUAGUUUUAAAGAUUUCCUGUUACUAGAAGGAAGAUUAAAUAUCAUCAUGGACGGUAUCUCUGAAGAUCUUCUAAAGAAAAAGAUAUUGUGUAAAAUCGAUUACGUUUUAUCGAUCAUACGUAUAAUUAAUUAAAUAUAAGACUUAUCAUUAAUAAAUUAUAUUACUACUCAACAAUUUAAACAAUUGUGAAUACAAAAUUGUGAAUAAAGGCACAUAGCUUAUUUAAGCGCUAAA